UAAAAAAAGAUACUUGGAUACUUAGGAAAUAGGAAUUGUAGGAUAAAUUGUUAAAUACGUUUACUUUAAUCCGAUAACGAUGUAACAGAUACGGGUUUCGAUUGUUUCCAACAUAAACCAAAUGAUAUAAUGUACACUUGUAAAGGUUGUGUUUAAAAAGUUAUAGUAAUUAUAAUAAAAAUUUAAUAUAAAGAUAAAGGUAAGAUAAAGGUAUAUCUUAUUGCGCCGUCAUUACUUAGUGUGACCGCGUGGUGGCAGUACAUAUAUCUGUGAAGACAACGGAAAAAAUACGAAGAAGAAACAAAAGCUGCAGAAGAAGAAAAACAAACAAAAACGGAUUUGUUUUCAUCUGAGUUUUUCCUCAAUUUUCUCACAUACACAGAGACGUGUACAGUUGCUGUAAAAUCUUGUACACGGCUCUCGGGAUGGAUGUCGGAGCUCCACAGGAAACCCAGGCGGUCAUAUCGAGCACAACAGGCGCCCAAGUGAACAGCGCCGAGGUGGAAAGUGUUGCUAAGUCGUGGAUGAUUGACUUCAGCUUCCUGUCGUUGUGUUGCUCCUACAGAGAGCAAAACGCCGAGAAGUUCAGCAAGACUUUAAAAAUGUUUGAAGUGUUGAUUGAUGACGACUAUCAAAUUCAGGACAAUCAGCAAAUCCAGCGAACCAUCUGCUGCCUGCUUUCCAGAAUAAUGGACAGCAAAAACUUAGAUGCGCAUUAUGACCUGAACAAGAAGGUGACUCCUCUGAUGUCUGCGAUCUCGGUGUGGGAAUGUCUGAAGGACACCGUAGACGAUGCUGUCUUAUACAACAACGUGGAGAACCUGUUAUUUAUUCAGUGUGUUGGCGUGUGUUUGGAGAAAGGCAACCCUCAGCUCGCAGCACACACACUGCAGUGGCUUGAGAAAGAGACUAGUUUACCUGAGAAACUGCAGAGAAAACUGUCCACCGUCGUGUCUAAGAAGGAUGCAUAUGAUCAGCUUCUCACGAGGUUCUCCUUUAAUCACCUACUGAAGAACGUGAACUCGUUCUUGGAUAAGUUUCUUAAGAAACAUCCAUCUGACUUUUUGUUUAAGGCCGCAUCUAAAGUGGUUCAGGUUCAUCAGGAAAGAACGGAGAAGACCGAGGAGGCGGGUCAAGACACUGAGGAGCCAGAAACAGGCACUCCUUUAAAGCCUGAGGCGAACGCUGUUUCGUCAGAGCUAAACCUGAGACCAAAAAAGAAGCUUUUCUCCACUAAAAUUGGUCAGCACUGGAAACCAGAAAGCACAAAGAAACAGCAGAGUUUUUCGCACCGAACAGCCAAAUUAAAAGUAUCCAGAAGGAGUUCUAACGUGCCACCACCACAGCAAAGCAGCACCACCAAAUACAGAUCCCGGAGGAAGUGGCUUAACGAGGAGGACAAGUGCCUGAAGGCAGGCGUGAGGAAGCACGGCGAGGGGAAGUGGUGCAAAAUCCUGGAGGAGUUUGAUUUCGGAAAUCGGACCAGCGUCAUGCUGAAGGACAGGUGGAGAACGUUAAAGAAACAUGGCAAGGUUUGAAACCAUCGGCUUGGAGCUUGUUUUUUUUUUCUCCUCUAUAUGGAUACUUCAAUGAUUAUGAAUUGAUGGUGUGCCAUCCUCUGAUUCUUGAUUUUAAAGUUACUGAAUGAAAUAAAACAUCAAUUAAAAAAAAAAAAAAAAGUUUGCAUUUUAAGGUUCCUCAAUGCGGAAAACCGUUUCCUGCACCUUUAAUGAAACACGUAUAUAACUUUUUAUUAAGGUUUAUUUUGAGUAACUGUAAAUAAGGUUUUUACUGUUUUUUAACCUACAUAUGUGUAUGUUUUAUUGUACCGAAUAUGCUUAAAAAAAUACUCAAUAAACAGCAGUGAAUGUA